AUGAAGAUUCCAAUGGCACCUGAAACGUAUGACUUUGCAAACGAUUUUAAAACCCUCUAUAUACCAAAGCAAAAACCUGAACCGGCUCCGGUGCCCGAAAAUAUGAAAGCUAUACUCCAAAGCUACCCUCCCUUGAGCCAGGUUACUCCAGUCGAGAGCUCCGACAGCGUCUCAUUCACUGCUUUGUUGGAGAUACCGAAAUCUCGAGCUCAAGAGAGCUGGGAAGUUGCUCUUUGGCACUCAAUUGAUGGCGAAGAUUGGACUGAGGCUGAGGUGCCCAAGAUAAAGAGCAGCCAGGCACCGCAAGCUCUUCAUGCCGAAUCAGAAGCUGUCUUUAGGGUAUACUAUAGUACAAGAGUUUCUUUUCAAAAAACCCUACGAUUCACCAUCAAAUUUCGUCACAAUCAUGAUGAGCCUUGGAGAUGGAUCCGCGACGAACAAGGUUUGGAGGACGGCCACGUUGUGUUACUCCCGGCACCUACAGAAUCUGAUAAGUUGGCCGAUCUUAUACCUGGACUUAACACUGUCUGGAAAGUCUCAUCUAGUAUGAGCCAAGCGCCAAAAACUCAAUUGUGGUCACUCGAAGCCGUAGUGCCCCCCGCAAAGAACGAUUUGUCUUCAUACACUGAUAUUCAAAUUGGAACACCUUGGGGCUCUUUCUUAAGAUGGUUUGCCGUCGUUCGGCUUUGGUCUCCUUGGCUCGCUCCACGUCACGGCAGAGACCACUUUUCGCUCGACAAAGACGCAAUAUUGUUAGCUUUCCAAAGUCCAGAAGGCAGAAACAUGGUCUUUUUGGCCGUUUCAGGUAUCAAUAAUUCAGUACCCGUUUUCCAAAACACAUCCAGCGGCGCCAUAUCGGUAAAUGUACGCAACGACUCAGCAUCCGAUGAGAAGGUAAUUAUCCUCGUCUCCGAAGGAAAUGAUUUCCAAAGAGCCGUUGCCGCCGUCAUGUACCACGCAAGAACUCUUGUUAUGAAAGCUCGUAGUGCGAACGAAGCGGUGGAAGAAGAGUGGAAAACUCUUUCUGAUGCAGUUCGGCCAGAGUGGCUCGAAAACUGGUAUGAUGGACUCGGAUUCUGUACAUGGAACGCACUCGGUCAAAGGUUAACUGAACAGAAGAUCGUUGAUGCAAUUGAUAAGCUCGAGAAGCACAAUAUCAACAUCACGUCUCUGAUUAUUGACGAUAAUUGGCAGUCAAUUGACUAUAAAGGCCCCAGCCAGUUUCAAUACGGAUGGGUUGACUUCGAGGCCGAGCCAGAAGCUUUUCCAAACGGAUUAAAGGCAGCUAUUACCAAAAUCCGCCAGAAAAGUCCAAAUAUCCAACAUAUUGCGGUCUGGCACGCUCUUUUGGGAUACUGGGGCGGCAUUUCCCCCGAUGGAAAGCUAGCCAAGAAGUACAAAACCGUGGAAGUCGUUCGUGAGGAGGCUAAACGCCGCAAUCUGCCUCUCGGAGGUAAAAUGACAGUGAUUGCCAAGGAUGAUGUUCGUCAGUUCUAUGACGACUUUUAUCAAUUCCUCUCAGAUGCUGGCGUUGAUGGAGUCAAGACUGAUGCGCAAUUCAUGAUCGACAUGUGGCUCAGUGCUUCUGUCAGACGGGAGCUCAUCAAUACGUAUCUCGAUGCGUGGAAUCUCACAUCUCUUCGCUAUUUCAGCGUCAAGGCCAUAUCAUGCAUGUCGCAGAUCCCGCAGGCGCUGUUUAAUUCUCAAAUGAUACCAAAUCGACCCGCUUUGCUAGUUCGCAACUCGGACGACUUCUUCCCUCAGAUUCCCUCGUCGCACCCCUGGCAUGUAUGGACAAACGCAUACAAUAGCAUCUUUAUGGAGUAUUUGAAUGUACUUCCUGAUUGGGAUAUGUUUCAGACGGUACAUGAUUAUUCUGGGUUUCAUGCUGCAGCUCGAUGCGUCAGUGGUGGACCGAUUUACAUCACCGACGUUCCUGGGGAGCACAACCUCGAUUUGAUAAGCCAAAUGACGGGUCUGACUCCCAAGGGCAAGACUGUCAUAUUUAGGCCGAGCGUCUUGGGGAAGGCCAUAUAUCCAUACAUAGGCUAUGACGAUGACCUGCUUCUUAAAGUUGGUAGCUACCAUGGAGCAUCUGAAACGGGCACGCCCAUGGUAGCCAUAUUCAACAUCUCAGCACGCCCACUAACAGAAUUAAUUCCCCUUUCUUGCUUUCCAGGCACCGUGCCAUCCUUACAUUACAUUGUCCGAGCCCACGCCACAGGGAAAGCUUCGGCGCCGAUGAAGCUUGAUGAUCCGACUUCGCUCAUUGUUGGCUCUUUGGACGUCCGUGGAUACGAGAUUUUCACAGCUUUCCAGGCUGUGCCUCUCACUGGCCCCAAGUAUGGAGACAUAUGGGUGGCGAACCUUGGGUUGAUCAACAAGAUGACUGGUAGCGUGGCUAUUUUGGCCAGCAGCAUCAGCAUGAAAGAGAACAGAAGAGUGUCUGUUGCUGUCAAGUUGAAGGCCCUAGGAGUGUUUGGCGUUUUUAUCUCUACUUUACCAAAGAUGACACUCCAGGAAGAUUUCAUAGUCACUCUUCAAGACCAAGCCGUCCCGAUAGAAACCGUGGGCGUAUCACAAAGCGAUCAGCAUGUACUCGAAAUCAACAUAGAAAGGGCGUGGAAGCAUAUGGAGCUGGAACCUGGACGAUUGGACGAAGUGGAAGUCAAGGUUAGCUUUGCAGGUUAG